CACUGCCACAAACCACAGAUCUCAGACAGUCAUCUCCUACUGCAACAUCCUCUUUCUGUGCCGUCUGUUGGCUGCUGUACUCAGGGCUGUCACAAUAACAGCUGUCUUUAGACUGCUUCUUCAAAAUGCUGGAGAAAUAUGUGCACAAAGGUGAAAAGACUUCAGGGACAAGAACUAGACGUUGCAUUUAUUUUUUAUUUGUGUGCCUCAUGAUGGGAACGUUAAUGUUUGCUUUCUAUAAUGCAAACUACCAAGUGUCUUGGUCUUUUGGAGCAUGGACAUCCAGCUCAUGGCAAACCAGUUCUGACACCAAUAUGACAACAGUUUACAGUGACUUGCACGGGUCAGUGGACUCUGAGUACCCUGUGACAUAUCCAUACAACAGUAGAUUUCUUUUAGAUGAACCAGACAGAUGCAGGCAGGAAAGCCCAUUUUUGGUUCUUAUGAUCCCAGUGGCACCUCACAACAAGGAGGCCCGUGAUGCUAUCCGCAAAACCUGGGGCAAAGAGACCAUGGUGCUGGGUCGAGUGGUCAGCCAUUACUUCUUACUGGGACGGACCAAAGAAGAAGACAGCUCAGACCCCUUGGAGCAGGAGAUCUUAGAAGAAAGCCAACAACACCAUGACCUUCUCCAGAGUGAUUUCUUGGACUGCUACAAGAACCUCACAAUUAAAACCAUGGUCAUGUUCAAAUGGCUCAGCACCCACUGCCCUAAUACCUCCUAUGGCAUGAAGGUAGACUCGGACAUGUUCCUCAAUGUUCACAACCUCGUGAACAUGCUUUUGGAAGCUCCCCUACAUCUUUACAUGACAGGAAUGGUGGUAAAAGGUGCCCAUGUCAUUCGAGACAAUACAUCAAAGUGGUACAUGCCUCAUUCUGCCUUCUCUGAGUCUAUCUACCCACCUUACACCAUGGGACUGGGCUAUGUGUUCUCACUGGAUUUACCCAAGAAGAUAGUAGAGGCAUCAGUACAUGUUGAAGCUGUUUAUAUUGAAGAUGUGUAUGUUGGGCUUUGUCUGAGACAUUUGGGGAUUGCACUGACAGAUCCUCCCAAUAGCCAUUUGUUUAGAACAUCAAUGCCCUAUACUGUGAGUAACUGUUACUGGACCAGUGUCAUUACAACAAUACUAGACAGCGCUGGACAGCUUUUGGAUAUAUGGGAGAAAUAUCGGACUGCAGUAGGAAACUGUUAAAAAGUGUUACAACUUCCUUACAAAA